AUGCUGAGCAACAUCAACAACUACGUCGGCUCCUUGAGAGCCAUCUCGAAGCACGACGACGACGCCGUCGAUCGGCUCAACUAUGUCUACACGACGCGGAUGCUACUUGCCCUUUCGGUCUUGCUCUUCACCAAGAACUACGUCGGCGAGCCUCUUCAGUGCUGGGUUCCCAAGCAGUUCACCGUGAGUCACCUUGUCUUCUUUUUUUUCUGUUUUUCUGUCUUUGGUGAAGCAUAUUUGAAAGAAUUUUUCAUUUUCAAAUCGUGAAACUGAAGGUCUGAUUAAUACAGCUAACCAACUCAGGAACUUUGAGUGAUCCCUAUAGGGAUUAGGGGAAAAACAGCUCAUAUAGGGGCCGAAAAAGUGGUCCCUUUGGGAGUCUAGGAUCUGACCCUUUAUCAUCUAAAGCUGAAGUGGUCCCUAUAGGCUCUUUCAAUUUUAUUCAAAAAAUAUUUAUUUAGUUUUUCUCUCAGAAAUGCUUCUUCGCUUAGAGUUCAUAACAAUUCUCGACUAGCCCCUAUAGGGACUACUUCUGCAAGCUUUAACGGCCCCUAUAGGGGUAGGUAAAGGGGCUACUAGAAAACCCCUAGGGUUGCCCCUAAAGGGACCCCUUUGGAGCUCCUAAAAAUGUUUUACUUAGGAGUCAUGGGAAGUCUACACGGAACAGUAUUGUUUCAUUGAAAACACAUACUUCUCGCCGAUGUCGGAUGAGAAUCUACCGCCAGCCGAAGCGCGAGCUUCUCGAGAAAUGAUUUAUUAUCAAUGGGUACCUUUUAUUCUGCUCGGCAUGGCCUUUUUGUUCGGAGUGCCACGCGUCGUCUGGUCACUCUGUUCUACUUACAGCGGUAGACAUAUUCCGUUCUGUCCCUCUUGAGAUGUGAAGUUCAGGCUUGGCGAUAGCAGACCUCAUGUCGGCCGCUCGAAUGUCUGCGCGAGACAUGAAGCCAGCCGGUGAGGUCAUCGCCGAGGUCGCCCAGAGGGUCAAUCGCAAGAAGCUCUACGGAGAAGCCAACGCCCACGUCAAGUUCGGCUCCAAUCUCUUCAACGUCUACAUAGUCAUGAAGGUCUGCUGGGCAUUUUUACAAAGAAAACUCAUUUUCAGUCAAUCAAAAAAAAAAAAAGAAAUUCCGCCAGAACUGAUCCCUAGAUUUUUGGGAAGAUGAUUAAUCUUUAAUCUAUGCAGCUUGGACUUUUCUCAUAGGAAUUCCAAACUGGUCCCUAUAGGGGUUUGAAGGGAAAGCAACCGAACAAGUGGUAGCUAUAGGGGCGAAAUUAAAGUGGUCCCUAUAAUGGUUUAAGGUUUCACCCCUUAGCCCCCUAAAUAUCAAGUGGGCCCUACACGGGUCCCUUAAUUUCAUUCAAAAAAGGGCUAUUAAAUGAAACCCCUACAAGGGCCACUUUUUGAAGCUUUAACGGCGCGUAUAAGUGUUGGUAAAGCGGGCCUACCCCUAUAGGGACCACUCUGGAGUUCCUAAGCUACUUGAUCAAUGUAGGCAAAGUCCGGAAGACCAGAAAAUGUGGAGAAAAUCCGCUAAAAGUCUGCAAAAAAGCUCCUUCAACGAUUUGGCUAGACUUGUGAAAGCUCAAAAAGUUGCAGGUUCUCAUUCUGGUGAACGUCUUCCUGCAGUUCGUGCUUCUCAACCAGUUUCUGGGUACGCAGUACACGUUCUGGGGUCUCGGCGUUUUCUGGGACAUGGUCAACGGCCGCCAUUGGCAACAGAGCGGACAUUUCCCUAGAGUAGGCAAAAUGAAGGUUUCCCUUUCACACUCUUGCUCAGGUUGCCUUCUGUGAUUUGAACGUCCGCGAGUUGGGCAACAUCAACCACUGGACCGUCCAGUGCGUCUUGAUGGUCAGUUCCACCAGCUUCUCAAAGAAAUUCGAUCCUCUCAGGUGAACAUGUUCAACGAGAAGAUUUUCAUUUUCAUCUGGUUCUGGUUCCUUUUUGUUUUACUUCUGACAGUCGCCAACGUUGGCAAGUGGUUGGUCCAAAGAUUCAGCACGUCGUCGAGGAAAAACUUUGUCGCCACCCUUCUGGUGCGUUGGUUUACUCCUGGCCUCAAAUAUUGAUAAAAUUUCUCAAGGAAGACGCUCACGAAAUGGAGCCGGAGGGCGACCCAGCCAGAGAAAACCGAUUCUACGAAGUGGGGAUUGUUGAAAAAGCACAGAUCAAGAAUUUGUCUUGAAGACGGUUCUGAAAGACGACGGCGUUCUUGCUGCUGCGGCUCCUCGACUCGAACAGCGGCCGUCUUCAGUCGUGCGACCUCAUCGCCAAGAUCUGGAAUCUCACUUUCAAGGGUCAGUUAUAGCCUGUAUACCACGACUUGAAAUUUCACCAAACGACAUUCCGCUGUGCGGUUUUUCGAACCUUGGUUGCGCUUUUAAUUUUUUUUUCCCUUUUAUUAAGGUACUCUACUUUCAUGUGCUCCCACAGCCAUAAAAAUCAAUUGAAAACGUGAUCUAGAUUCGAAAGACGCUUCGCGAACGCAAGCAGCGGAACAGCGGAAUGUCGUUCCGUGAAAUUUCAAGUCGUAGCAAACAGACUAUACUAAAUUUUCCCGAAACAAAGUAGCUUGCGAACCCUUGUACGUUUCGGAAAGAUUUUUUGCGGUUUUGUUCGAUCUCAUUGUUCGUUGAAGAUACUGCCCAAAAAUUUCCACGUCUAACAUGGAAAAAAUCAAUUUUUCUAUCAAAAAACUUGAGAGCAUAGCUUUUUUUCUCAUAUUAUCCCACCUUCAUCGCCAACGAUUUUUUCAAGAAACUCGACUAGUUCUGCUGACAAAAUAACUCUCAAGGAAGGUCAUUUUUCUUUUCGGUUGUGAUUUCCUUUAAAUUAAGCUAGAACAAUCCUUGAUAUACCAGAUGAAGAUCCUGAAAGUCUCACGCCACGAGAAAAAAGGGCCCAAAAUAGCCCAUUUUUCUUGACUUUAAGACGUCUUUUCUCAAAAACUAGGAGUUUGAGCAGGUUGAAACUUCCAGAAUCUUCUUCUGGUCCAUCAAGGAGCGUUCCGGCCGAUUUUCAGGAAAAUCCCAACCGCAAAGUGUAAUGACCUCCCUUGUCAGUUGAAGUAUUUAUUUUCCUCGAAAUUUCCCCUUUUUCAGAUGGAGCAACGUCGGAGGAGACGUCACCCACAAGCUCCAAAUAAAGUUUUUCGCUAGUUUUUUUUUCUUUAUCAUUAAACAUUUUACAGAAUCGCCACUUUUCAACUUUCUACAAAUCCUGCCGAUGAAUCUUUAUUCAAAUAA